UUCAAAAUGGAUUAUUCUAGGCCAAUAUGAUUUUGACAUUUGUGAGCUAUUUUUGUUAUGGCUACCAGUAGUUCAGAUGACAGUUAUAAAGCACCAAGAGAUUUUCAUUUAUCUUCUUCAAUUGAGGACAGUGCCAGUCGUUUAAGUGUUAAUGGCCAAAAGUGUAUUUUAUGUAACAAUUGUAGAAAAACGUUUCAUUGCAAACAAUGUAUUAGAUUAGGCGAUUUCGUUCAUUCAGCGUCGCACUUCUCUGAGAGAUUUAGUGAUAAACAACUUCGAUAUAUUAGGUUUAAAUCUGGAAGACAGAUUGUAGAAAAUAAGUGUUGUGAUUUUUUAAGACAAAAGAAAAGUCUGAACGAUAUUAAAACUGAUCUUAAAUUUACAAAAGAACGUAUUAAAUUAUUGCAAUUAAUAGUGAGUGAUAAACGUGAAAUCAUAAAAAGAAGAUUUACUGAAUUAGAACACUUAAAAGAGCAUAAUACCAAAUUGCGAAUAAAGUUGCCUAAAUAUGGUGAUCGAGUUGAGAAAUUGCAGCAGUAUUUACAGGAUAAAAAUGAAGAUCUUGAAAUGCAAAAAAAGAAAAUUGAAAAAACUUAUACUGUGUUAAAAGAUUGUGUUAAGACUAAUAUAAAAAUUCUUUUAAAAUAUAUAUUUCCUAUAACUCCUAUAUAUCCACAAUUGAAUCGAACAGAAGAAGAUGUUUCACAAGAUACAGUUGCAGCAUUAGCAGAGGCUACAAGGACAUCAUAUGUUAGAGGGACAUGGGUUUUUACAGACAGUUCACAUUCCAGUGAACUACAAUACUGUAUUGUAGCACCUUGUCUACCUGGCACAGGAAACUAUAUGGCGUACAAUGAUUGGGUAUCAGCUAAUAAAGAUGGUGUACCAUCAUCAUCCUAUACAGAAGGUGUAGCUCAGAAUCCAGCUUUUCGAAUAAGUGCAGGAUUAACAUUUACUGCUCAACUAUUACAUGUGCUAGCAUACUAUUUAGAUGUUAGAAUGCCUUUCAAGAUGAUGUAUAGUGAUUUCUGCAGCAACGAUAUGACCUAUAGCCAAUUUUCACGUCGUGUAGCUAGGCUCAAUUCCAAUGUAUUGUGCCUUUGUGUAUCUCAAGGAGUUUCUUCGGAACUCAUUCAUCCUGUGCAGACUCUUCAAAACAUUAUGCAUUUGUUAAAUGCUGAAAUUAGCGAUAUCGGACGAGUUGGUCCAUUAGAGCCUCAAUCAUGGCUAACUGCAUCAGCAAUUUCUCAGUUAGUUAGAGAUCGAACUAAUGGGGAUGAAUCUAACUCAGAAGACGGUGAUAAUCUACCUCCUGAAUGGGAAGCGGUUCCCUUGGUCGAAGUCAAUGAUAAUAUUACUGGGUUAUUAUCACAUUCACCUCCACAACAAGCCAUGAGCACUCAACAGGCCACUAGUAUGGCUGGAGGUUUAGUUACUUCUGCUGCCGCAAGUAUAUAUAGCAUUUGGAGAGGCUGGACAGCUCGAAAUUGAUUACUAUUGAUAUUGGUAUUUUUAAUUUAAUCAUAAAAUUGAUUGGCAAUAUGUAUGUAUAUACAUAUAUAUUCUAAAAA